AUGUUUCCUCAAACAAAUUUUUAUGGUGAUUUAUGUCGUUUUAAUCCUCGAUGGUUUGAUGAGUUUGAUUGGUUGGAGUAUAGUAUAACAAAAGAUGCGGCAUUCUGCUUCUAUUGUUAUUUGUUUCAAGAUGAAUGCAUUAAUCAAGGGGGAGGAGAUGUAUUUUCAACCAUUGGGUUUACAAGUUGGAACAAGAAGCGCAGUCUUAAUGAGCAUGUUGGUAAACCAAACAGUGUCCAUAAUCAAUCAAGACAAAAUUGUGAAGAUUUGUUGAGACAAAAUCAAUCCAUUCAAAGUGCAUUUACUAAACAAACUAAUCAACAAAAGUUAGACUAUCGUACUCGUUUAGAAGCUGCAAUUAAUGUGAUAAGAUAUCUUUUGAAGCAAGGAUUGUCAUUUCGGGGCCAUCGUGAAGAUGUAUCAUCUUUUAAUAGAGGUAAUUAUAUUGAACUUCUUACAUGCUAUGCAAAACUAUGUGAUAAUAUUAGCGAUGCAUUUAAAAAAGCUCCAAAGAAUAAUCAAUUAACUUCUCCACACAUUCAAAAGGAUAUUAUCAAUGCAUGUAAGAUUGAAACAAUAAAGUGUAUAAUUGAGGAUUUAAAUGAUGAUCACUUUUGCAUCUUAGUUGAUGAAUCUCGCGAUGUGUCUUGUAAGGAACAAAUGACUAUUGUUUUACGGUACGUGGAUAGAAGGGGAAGUGUGAUGGAGCGAUUUAUUGGUAUUGUUCAUGUCUGUGAUACUACUGCUUUGUCUCUAAAGAAGGGAAUUGUUGUUUUACUUUCUCAACAUUCUUUAAGUACAUCUUAUAUACGUGGCAAUGUUAUGAUGGAGCAAGCAAUCUGCAAGGUGAUAUAA